CAUAAGUUGAAGUUUUAAUUUUUAUAAUAUUUUGUGUUAGGUAUAUUUCUUAUUGUUAUAUGUGAUUUUAAGAGGGGAUGGAAAAAAUAAAUAACAAUAAUCUAUAAGAGAAAACGCAGAAAAUGAAUGCGACAUCAGCUGUGCUUGGAAUUCAAAAAAUUCAAGGGGCCUUGAAGAUAUUGGCUGCGUUGCAGUUGACUGCGUAUCUGUGGCCACAACAAGCCCAAGUUCAAGAUGGUGCUUGUUUCGACUACAUUAUUGUCGGCGCAGGAUCAGCUGGCAGUGUCAUUGCUAAUAGAUUGACGGAGCUCGAAAAAGCCACAGUUUUGCUAAUCGAGGCUGGCGGCGACCCUCCUGUUGAAUCUGUGAUACCAGGAUUACUAACAUUUAUGAAGAAUACAGAAGUUGAUUGGAAUUAUGAAACAGAAAACGAUGGAUAUAGUCAACAAUAUCACAAAAAUUAUGGAGUAGAACUGACGAGAGGGAAAAUGCUGGGAGGAUCCAGUUCAAUAAAUUUUCUAGCUUACACGAGAGGCAACUACCAUGACUUCAACAACUGGGCUAAGUUGACUGAGGAUGAAUCUUGGAGUUGGGAAAAUGUUCUUCCGUAUUUCAAAAAAAGUGAGAGGUUAGUCGACCCCGUCAUGCUCCAAUCAAGUGCUAGGAGGUUUCAUGGAACUGAUGGAUAUGUAGCCACGACUAGAAAAUAUAAUGAAGAAGUUUUGAGGUACUUUGAAGCCUUUGAAGAAGUUGGAAACAGAAUUGUUCUGGAUACAAAUGGUGACACCCCUCUUGGUAUUACUGAAUGCAUGUUUAAUAUUGGUAAUGGUAUCAGACAAAGCACAGCUCAAUCAUUUUUACAUCCAAUUAAGGAUCGACCUAAUUUAUUUGUUCUCAAAAACACGUUGGUAUCAAAAAUCCUCUUCGAUGAAGACAAGAAUGCUAUUGGUGUGGAAGCUAUAUUAGAAAACAAUGAAGUUGUACAGUUUAGAGCUGAUAAAGAAGUUAUAGUAUCAGGUGGUGCUAUUAAUACGCCACAAUUAUUGAUGCUUUCUGGUAUAGGUCCCAAAGAACAUUUAGAAAGUCACAAUAUACCAGUUAUUUCUGAUCUUCCUGUGGGUCAGAGUUUACAAGACCAUGUCAUGGUUAUGAUGGCCCAUAAAAUGGGCAAAUCUCCUCCACCAAAACCAGUAGAUCCCUUAUAUAUCGCAAGUCCACUGAUGAUGGGAUACACGAGUUUGAACAAAAGUAAAAAUUAUCCAGACUAUCAGUCCAUUAACUUUAUUAUGAACGAACCAACUCCUAUGUUGCAAUUUUGUUCUUUCUAUUACUCUUACAUCGAUGAAAUAUGUCAAGCGUUGUAUAACGGAAGUAUUGGGAAAGAAGUAUUAUUCAGUUUAGUGAUAUUAUUAUACCCAGAGUCUAGAGGAAAAAUAUUAUUACGAAGCACCGAUCCAAAGGAGAAACCCAUAAUUUACACUGGCUAUUAUUCUGACCCAAUAGAUUUGGAAAGGCAUGCAUCGUAUGUGGAAGAUUUUGCGAAGAUUAAACACACAGAGUUUUUUGAAAACGUUAACGCUGAAAGAGUUGUGCCAGAAGUGUGUGGAUGUGAGAAUAAGUACUCUACUGAAGAAUAUUGGAAAUGCUAUGCACUGUGUAUGAUGGUGUCUGGGUACCACUACACUGGGUCAGCGGCUAUGGGAGUUGUGGUUGAUUCUCGUCUAAAUGUCUUUGGAGUACAGAAGCUUAGGGUCGCGGAUGCCAGUGUAAUGCCAAAGAUUACUGGAGCCAAUACAAAUGCUGCGACGAUUAUGAUUGGAGAACGAGCAGCAGAUAUAAUCAAAGAAGACCAUUUCUUAAGGUCUAGAUGUUAGAUUUAACAAAUUAUUUAUUAGUUUAUCUCAGUUAGCUAAUUUGCUUUAUCGGAUGAGGUGGCACAAAGCAGACGGAUGAUGAUGUCAAGCACUCGGUGCCGCCGAUGGACACCAUAUCAGGGUUAUUUCUCACAAAAAAAAA